AUGAGACUUCACCACGUCGUUAUGGCCACUUGUAUAUGUGGUAUUGCAUCCGUUUCCGAACGGACACUCGGCUGCUUGUGCAACCAGCUUGGCGUCCCGUGUAAGCUCAAGGGACUGACCCGGGAGGCUGAGGCAGACUGGGUGGUUCUAGAGCCACUGGCAUGCCACACGGGGCCUACAUCAGGCCUGGACAAAGAUGAUCACAAGGGUUCACCUCCGAUGCGUCCAGUGUACAUAGUACCUCAUUUGCAGAUUCACAUGUGA